UAGGUUAUGUUUUCAUGUUUUGAUCAAUGCAAUCAACUCGCUUUACAAAGUAAACCUUUACUAGUAGUUAAACUUGUUGCUACUUAAAAAUGUUGAAUUCUCGGAGGAUAAUUAAUUACUGUUAUUCAAAAUCGAUAUUAAAUGCUAUUAAUAAUUCUCAUGGAAAACGUACAUUUCAUAGUGUCGAGUUAAAUGAUAUUCCUAAGAUAACUGUGACGGAUAUUCGAAAGUUAUUGAGGCAAAAAGGGUUUCCUGUACAAGAUGGCUUUACGUCUCUUACAACUAAAUGUACAAUAUGUGCCGGCCAGAGUACGUGUGGCGAGAGUAAAGUAUACAUUAAUAAGAUCACUGGAUAUUUUGUAUGCCCCUCGUGUAACGUGCACGGCAGCUGGAGCGUGCUAGAGAAGCACGUGCGGAAGUGUAAGACGGCCCAGGCCCCGCGGGAGCACAUUGACCGGUGCCUGCAACAGAAUGCUCGUUUCCAGUUGGACUGGCAACAACGCGUUAGUGAAACGACGUCUUUAGCUGACCUGGCUGUACCACAACUAGAGGACUUAUCCAACUUGUUUGAAUUUACUACAUCUUUAACAAACUGCAAUGCCGGCAAGGUUUUGUCACACGUCAGAGUGUCUGAAGACCGGACUACACUAUAUUUUCCUUUAAGAAACUCUAUGGACAAUGUUGUGGGUUAUCGUAAAAUGCAGGCCGGCAAGGAAGAGGAAGAUGAAAUUCAUGGCUUAGCUUCUGCUGGCCUGUUCUGGUGCAGACCUACUAAAGUGAGCCGCGGUGAUCAAGCAGUAAUAGUUACUAGCAUUAAUGACAUCUUGCAUUUAUCUGCUCAAAAGGUGCCAGGCACACAUAUAUGGUUGAACAGCAGUAGCCUGCCUCCAACAUUGCUUCCAGUCCUUGAAGGCUACCAAAAGCUCUGUCUUUGGGGAGACUGGGAGAACAUGCGGGACAUUGCUACCAAGUUAGGUGAAGACAGGUGCCGUUUUGUAAGGCCGACAGACGGACUGGUGACCGCGUCGGAGGCGGCGCGGGCGCACCUUUCGCUGCGCGCGCUGGUGGCCGACGCCAAACCCGCAGCGCACCGCGCCAUCACCACCUUCGCCGCGCUCCGGGACGAUGUCUAUGCCGAGCUCUCCAACAUCGACAAGGUGCGCGGCGUGAAGUGGCGGCGGUUUCCGGCGCUGACGCGGCUGCUGGGCGGGCACCGGCGCGGCGAGCUCACCGUGCUCACCGGCCCCACGGGCUGCGGCAAGACCACCCUCUGCGCAGAGAUGUCGCUCGACCUCGCGCAGCAGGGGGUGACGACAUUGUGGGGCAGCUUCGAGAUCCGCAACUCGCGGCUGGCGCGCACCAUGCUGCACCAGUUCGCGGGCGUGCCGCUCGAGCACAACCUCGACCGCUUCCCCGCCUUCGCCGACGACUUCCAGAAGCUGCCCAUCUACUACCUGGCCUUCCACGGCCAGCAGCCCAUCAAGGUUGUUAUGGAGGCAGUGGAGCACGCGCGCUAUAUGCACGACAUCAGCCACGUGGUGGUGGACAACGUGCAGUUCAUGCUGGGCGUGGGCGAGGCCGAGGGCGACCGCUACGCGCGCCAGGACGCCGUCGUGGCCGCCUUCCGCACCUUCGCCACCGCGCGACACACGCACGUCACGCUCGUCAUGCACCCCAGAAAGGAACGGGAAUCGGAAGAUCUUUCUACUAGUUCAAUAUUUGGUAGCGCCAAGGCGUCUCAAGAGGCAGACAAUGUUCUUAUUAUUCAGGACAAACGUUUAACAGCAGUGCGCGGCAAAAAAUACCUUCAAGUCGCAAAAAAUCGGUACAGCGGCGACCUUGGCAUCGUACCGCUGGAGUUCGACAAGGACGCGCUCAGUUACCAGGCCAAGAAGAAGAGCCAGGCCAAGUCGGACGAGCCCGAUGCACUGCUCCAGCAGUGCUUCGACGAGUUAGCGGUGGAGCCGCGAGGCGGAGCGGUGCAACCGCGAGGCGGAGCGGCCCGACCUUAUCAGCCCGUCGACUCCUACUUGAGCGACAUUCUUAACCUCAAUAGGACACGAUAG